AUGGAAUUCCGCGGACGUAACAACUACGGUCCGCCUCCGAGUAGCUACGAGCCACGUCCAAACUUCUACGUCGAGCCCGUCGGUGCUGUCGGCUACGGCCCCGGGUAUCGUCGGGGUAUGGGCAUGCGCGGUGGCUUCGGGUGCGAUAUGUGCGGACGUCGUCGCCGGUGCCGCUGCGACAGACCAGGCUUGCUCGGCGGACGCCGUCAGGGGCUUCUCAGCACGGUCAUUGGUGGCACAAUCAGCAUGAUGGAAGAUCGGCACAGGGGCCAGAGGGAAGAACGCCUAAUGCAGAUGCAAUAUAGAAUGGAGGAAGAUAUGCGAUACGCCCGUGAGAGAGGGCUGGAGACCAGGGCCAUGCAGAGCCAGACUCGUUCCCGAAGUGCCGUGCGGGAGGAUGGUCGAGACAGCGAAAAAGACAUCAGGAAUCGGGACAGACAAGGCGCGAGAGCGCAUAGUGAGGACGAUUCUGACGACGAGGACCGUGGUGGUCGGAUGGACGAGAAGCACGGUCUGAAGAGCGACGAGAGACAAAGGCAGGAGAGGAUGGAUGAGAAAUUGCCUUCUUAUCAAGCUGCUACGAAGAAGAAUUAGAUCAGCCUCAAGAGGAAUGGAAGGGACCAGAUCAACCGCCCUUGAGGUAUUGAUGAUGUCUUAGCAUGGUCUUGUAGCGGC